CGCCCACCCCAGACCUGACCAGUAUAUUUCGGUAUAUUAGUGGCUGAAAAUCCCAGCCGUCGCCGCUUUGGUCAUACUGUCGGUAUCGAAGGAACGAGAUGGCAUUCGGUGACUAUCCAGCUGAGUACAACCCCAAGGUGCACGGGCCCUACGACCCCGCUCGCUUCUACGGCAAAGCCGAUGUGCCCUUCGGACAGGUGAAGCUGGGCGAGAUCGGCGCCUGGCUGGGACGCCGCAACAAGACCCCCAACGCGGUGGCCGGAGCCGUGAGCCGUGCCUGGUGGCGCUGGCAGCACAAGUACGUGUUCCCCAAGCGCGCCGGAAUCGCUCCCUUCUUCCAGCUGACCGUCGCCAGCAUGACGUUCUUCUAUCUGAUUAACUACACCAAGUUGAAGCACCACAGGAACUACAAGUACCACUAAGCGGCGCUGCCCGGUGGUCCUGCAUCUACAACAGAUUCUACACUUUCCACAAGGCGUGCGAGAGGCGGGCAAACACCAUUAAACUAUAUCUAUUUGGCUUUUGUGUUUUGAAAACUGCUUAAGUGAAUAAAACGGCUGCGAAUAUCCAUGCUGCCAUAGACUCAA